GGGGUGCGCGUGACGGCGCGGGAGCAGCGUAGACUCUCAGGCUGCGGGCGUCGGUGUGACGAGGUUGUGACGAGGUCCGGAACCGGAGCUAGUGGUUGUGGACCCUGGCCGAUCGAGAUACAGUGGCGGUUGUAUCUCCGACUGCACCCCGGCCGGGACUCGUUUUAUGGGUGUGCGUCUUGACCUCUGACAACGUGCCGUAAUGGGGACCCUCGGGCGCCUACUGGGCGUGGCCUGCGUGCUGGUGUUGACCUCAGGUCAAACCCUGCGCGGCAGCCCCCACUCCGAACCUGUCGACGACCACCAGCUGUUGUCGGACGUCCUGCCAACAGGACCCAGCUUCGACCAAUCAGCGCCCGUCUUCCUCGAAGUCCCCGCCCCCACCUACGUGAUUCGCAACAAGCCGGCGACCUUGACCUGUCGGGCGGCGCACGCGCUCCACCUCUACUUCCGGUGCAACGGCGAGCUGCAGGACGACCGGGAGCACUCGCGGGCCGACUAUGUGGACCCGCAGACGGCCAUCCGAGAGCUGGAGGUCAAGCUGGACGUGGACAAGCGGGGCGUGGAGGAGUACUUCGGCGACUAUCGCUGCGUGUGCGUGGCAUGGAGCAGCAGCCGAGGCGAGAAGGUCAGCUCCGGCGUCCAGAUCACGGCGGCCUACCUGAAGAAAUCGUUCCACACGCCGCCAUUCUCCGACCGCGUGGAGGUGGACCAGACGGUGGAGCUGCGCUGCGUCCCACCCGAGGGCAACCCGCCGCCCUCGCUCAGCUGGCUCAAGAACAGCGUGACGGUCGACCCCAAGCUGGACCCCAACUACAUCAUCUCGAACGAGGGCAACCUGCUGAUCGCGGCCGCCAAGCUGUCCGACAUGGCCAACUACUCGUGCGUUGCCGAGAACGUGGCCAACCGCCGAGUCAGCCCUCCGGCGCGGCUCACCGUCUACGUGGACGGCGGCUGGUCCAGCUGGGGCGCCUGGUCCGACUGUAACCCGCAGUGUGGUCCGGGUCAGAUGACGCGGCGACGUACCUGCGACAGCCCGCGACCGCUCAACGGGGGCCAGGCGUGCCGCGGCCCCGCCCGCCAGACGGCCGAGUGCAACUCACUCUGCCCACCGGUGGCGGGCGGUUGGAGCCAGUACGGCGACUGGUCAGCAUGCGACGCGUCGUGCCGGCAGUACCGGCGCCGCUCGUGCUCAGCGCCACCGCCCGAGCACGGCGGCCGGCCGUGCGCCGGACCCGACCGCGUCUCCAGGAACUGCUCAGAGACUGAGUGCACAGGCGGACUGCUGCCGGGCCUGGAGCGAACAAGAACCGAUCAAGCGGCUCGAGCGGUGGCGCAGUCGGACGUGGCGCUGUAUGUCGGUCUGGCGGUGGCCCUGCUCGUCUUUCCGAUGAUCGCGCUGAUCGCCCUGAAGCUGUACCGACGCAAGGGCCGCGGCCAGAGCAUGUACGGGCUCACCGAGAGAGACUACGAAGCUCGCUACUACGACAAUUCGAAAAAGCAGCUGGGUUAUGCGCCUGACCUGACAUCUAGCGUUGCCAUCAUGAACCCGGCGGCGCCCAGUCUGAACAACGACUAUUCCUACGGCGACCCGAACAGCAACAAGACUGCGCUCCUGAGCUCGCCAUCCGAGCACCACUACGACGAGCCGCACCUCUUUUUGGUAAAGCACAUGGACGCGGCACAGUAUUCUGGCGGGGACAGCGAUCAGGUGGCGCCAUCUCUGGCGAGUCGCGGGAACCCCAACUCCGACAACCCGCCGCAUAGUUCUUCUUCGUACUGCAGCUCGCCCACAUCACGACCCAACUCACUGUAUGAUGUCGAGCCGGCGUCCUGCCGCCAAUCACUGCUCUCGGCCACCCUGCCAUCUGGUGUCAACCCGGACAACCUCGAGUUCGGCACGGUGACGUCAGCGGGAGCGGCGCUUACCCUGGCGGACGCGGGCGUGACGCUGAUGAUUCCGGAGGGGGCGGUGGCGCCUGGCCAACGGGAGGAGGUGUACCUGGCCGUGAUGAGUGACGCCAAGGAUCGACCUCAGCUGGCAGACCACGAGACGCUGCUGUCGCCGGUGGUGCUGGCCGGACCGCCGGGCGCCCAGUUUCUGAAGCCGGUCGUCCUCAGCUUCCACCACUGCGCCAACCUCAAGACCAACUGGAACGUGUCCGUGUACGGCUCUGAGAGUCAGCCGGACGAACCGCCGCAGUGGGAGAGCGUGGUCAUGCUGGGCGAGGAGACGAUCAACACGCCGGUGUACACCCAGGUGGACCAGAGCAAGGUCCACAUCAUGACAGAGUGCCUGCAGCGCUUCGUCCUGGUCGGCGAGCCGACCAGCAGCGGUCCGGCGGUGAAGAAUCUCAAGCUGGCGGCCUUCGGACCUCGUCUGGUGCAGGGCUCCACCGAGUACUGCAUACGCGUCUACGUCAUCGAGGACACCAAGGCCGCCUUCGAGAGCGUGCUGCAGCUGGAGAGGAAGCUGGGCGGCCGGCUGCUGGACAAGCCGAAGACGAUGCUGUUCCAGAGUGGAGGAGCCAGCCUCUGUCUGGCACUGGAGGAUCUCAGCCUCGGAUGGAAGUGCAAGCCGCAGGGCGACUACCAGGAGAUCCCGUUCCGGCACGUGUGGAGCAGCACGUGUCCACUGCUGCACUGCUCCUUCAGCUUGGAGCACGUGGGCCACGUGGCGGCACGUGACGGCCUGUCGUUCUCGGCACGCGUACAGGUGUGCCAGAAGGGCAGUCAGACACGGCGCCAGAUGCUGCGGGUGUCCUCCUCCGAGAGCAGUCAGGUGUCCAGUCCACUGCCGGCCCGGCCGACGCCGUCCACGGUCUCGGCCAACACCACCGGCUCCUCCUCCGGCUCGUCGGUGGUCGCCCUGGACAGGAGCAGCGGCAGGUUGUCUGCCGACACCCGACACAAGCUGUGCCAGUGCCUGAACCCGCCCAACUCGCGGGGAAAUGACUGGCGCAUGCUGGCGCAGAUGAUGCAGGUCAACAGGUACAUCAACUACUUCGCCACAAAGAAGUCGCCGACGGAUGCUAUCCUGGAUCUUUGGGAGGCCCGGCACCCCGAGCAGUCGGCCAGCACUGAGCUUCUCAACAUCCUGAGGAUCAUGGGACGCGAGGACGCGGCGCAAAUCGUCGAGGCUCAGGUCGGGCCGCGGGUGUAACCUUGAACGAUGCGCGCCGAUUGGCUGAACCUGACGUGCAGUGAUCUGAUUGGUCGGUCCGCCGGUCGCGUGACGCCGCGACUGGUCGGACAGACGGCGAGCGAACUGUGAUUGGUGGAAAUGCUGUCGCGUGGUGGCGCGGUCCCGCGUGAUUGGUCGAACGUGGUGGUGUCCUUGAAACUCGUCAAGCCAGAGGUGCGAAGACCCCGAAAGAUAUCUCACCUGGAAUCUACCAUCGGUCAACCCUGCCAAUGUAAGCAUGCGCCUGCCAAUUACCAGUCGAUAUUAAUGCUCGCGCAACCCGCAGACGCCGCGCGCGAAUUCCUCCAGCUUGGCGAAUCCACCAGCGUUGCUGGCGGAGCUUGGCUAUCCGCUCGGUAUGUGUUCGUGCCACGCGAACGGUGCGAGUGUCGUCCGUGUCCGCCAAAUCAAAACGACUCACGCGGGCGCGUAUGGCCGAUGUGAUAUUUUUAUAUUUGUACAUUUGUAAGUGAGCCGCUGCCUGUGUUGGGCCGCUGGGUUUUCGAGCGCCGUUAACAGUAGGCUAUUUCUGCGUAUUUAUAGAUUGUUAAGCUGUACAGUUGAACGAGUGCCGAGAAAACGGUGUCCCUCUUCCGCGGACCGUGUUUCCACAGGCAUAACGCUUUCCGAGAGCGACACCACAUGCCGGGCAGUUGAGAGCAUCUACCGCCGAACUUGCGUCUUCCAAAUCAGUUGCCAAAUAUCGACGCACGCCCGCCCGUCGUGACUAAAAUGAAUCCAUAAACGCGACUGAAACGGCGCGCCAAGAACGCCUACGUCAACGCGGUCUCCAUGGUAACCGUUCCGGAGCUGUUUUCCUUCCAUUAGGAUGAUGGCCUAUCUCCUGCCACAGGGAAGCUCGAAUUCUGGGCUUGAGAGCAGUGUGUGUGUAUGUGUGUGUGCGCGGAUGUGUGGGUGGAUGUGAGAUUGGCCGCGAGGUCCACCGAAGAAGAGACGUGCAAUGUUUUUAGGUGGAGUGCCGACGGGGGCGGUCUUGCGUUGUUGGACCGACAGCCGUGUUUCAUGUUCACGUUAGUGUCGCUUGAGCAAGUGGGUGGUCGCAGUGCGUGAGCGACCUCCGGUAGUGCCUAUGCCCAAGUGAACUAGUCAUUUGAUUUCUGUAGCUGAAUAUAUUUUAAACGCAGUGA